AGCACAUCUUAUAUAAGCCUUUAAUAGGAAAACAAAAGAUUUACAUGUCUCUAACAUAAUGAGCAACCACAACAACAUCAAUACUCAAGAGUCUUUGCAACCUACCAAAAAUGCAUAUGCAUGGUACAACGAGGAUAGAGACUCAUUUUUAGACAUUAUAUCUCCACCAUCACGUCUCUUUCCUCAUAUCCUGAAUGAAAGAGUUGAUAUUGAUCCAUGGUUGUGGUCACUUGAGGAUAGAAUCUUCACUUUACCUUCCUCCAUAAUGAGUUUCCCACAACCUCAAAUGCAUCUUGUGGUGUUGCAAAACAAUUUGGCAAACCACACGAAUUUGAGGUCAAGACAAACGAAUCGAUCACGAACACAAACACAAACACAGACACAAACACGUGAUUCAAACAAUAAAACAAAAGCUUUAGAGAAGCUUAGGAAAGAGAUUUACAAUCGUGUUCCUAAGAAGAUUAUACAAAGGUUGGGUAGGUUUUACUCACAAAAGGAUGGUGGAGAGACAAUAGAAGAAGCACACGAAGAAGACGAUGAUGAUGAUAAAAGGUGUGUCAUAUGCUUAGAAGACUUAGAAGCAAAACAAGUGGUGAUGGUGACACCAUGUAAUCAUACGUUUCAUGAGUAG